ACUACAAUACAAUGGAUUAUAGAAAAACUGUUAUAAAGAAAUACCCCAAAACACCUACAAAACUUACAAGUGAAGGAAGAUAUUGGAAACGAUUCAAAUCACCCAUUUUGAUCAAAGAAUAUGCUAGUAUUCCCUCCAUUUAUUUUUCACCAGUAGCACCUUACGAUUUCGCUGUGGCUUCUUCUACUCGUGUACAAAUUUAUUCUUCCAAAACUCAUCAACCCAAGAAAACGAUCUCUCGAUUCAAAGAUCUUGCUUACUCUGCGACUUUUCGACAUGACGGGAAACUUAUUGUUGCUGGUGAUGCUACUGGUUUGGUUCAAUUAUUUGAUAUCAACUCUCGAGCCAUUUUAAGAACUUUUCGUGAACAUACAAUGCCUGUUCAUGUGACGAAAUUUUCUAACAAUACAACCAACAUCAUGUCAGCUUCGGAUGAUAAAACAGUGCGUAUUUGGGAUAUACCUACAGAAACCAGUAUCAAUGUAUUCGAAGGACAUGAGGAUUAUAUACGUGCAGGUGUAGUCAACGAUGAUAAUCCAAACUUGGUCAUCACUGGCUCAUACGAUCAAACCGUGAAAUUAUGGGAUAUGCGGGAAAAUAGCUGUGUAAUGACAAUGCAACAUGGAGCUCCUGUGGAAUCUCUUUUAAUGUAUCCUGGUGGUAGUGCUAUUGUAUCGGCAGGUGGACCUACAUUGAAAGUAUGGGAUCUUCUUAGUGGUGGACGAUGUAUACACACUCUAUCUAAUCAUCAAAAGACAGUAACAAGUUUGGCGUUCAAUGGAUCACAUUCUCGAUUAUUGGCAGGAUCCCUGGAUCAUCAAGUCAAGGUCUAUGAUGUACAAGAUUAUCGUGUGGUGCAUACAAUGAAUUAUCCUGCACCAGUCUUAAGUGUAGGCAUUUCACCUGAUGACACUCAUAUCACUGUAGGUAUGGCCAAUGGAUUAUUAUCUAUACGUCAACGUCAAGUAUCUGCAGAGGAAAAGCAAGCAAGAAUGCAAAAUCAAUUAUUUAUGCAAGGUGGUGGUCACAAGUACUUUAUGCAAAAUGGAUCACAUCAUUUAUCACAACCAUUAACAUCAACAUCACAAUCAUCAUCAGCAUCUACAAAUUCAUACAAUACAACUUCUUUAGGAAUAUCAUCUGCUGGCGAAACACUCGGGAAAAAGAAAACUCCCAUCAAGGAUGAUUUUACUGUAGAAAAGACACGUCGUGUACAUUUAGCGCAAUACGAUAAGUACUUGAAGAAAUUUGAAUUCACCAAUGCUUUAGAUGAAUCUCUCAAAGUUGCCAAUCCAAAUGUGGUUGUAUCUAUGUUACAAGAAUUGAUUCAUCGAGAUUCCCUUAUGCCUGCUCUUACUGGUCGUGACGAUGUCUCUUUGGAACCUUUGGUCCGCUUUUUGAUGCGACAUAUUCAAAAUCCAAAAUAUACGAACAUUCUAGUAGAUGUUUCCGAAAUCGUGUUAGAUAUCUAUUACAAGUUAUUUGGUCAAUCUCCAUUGAUAGAUGAAUUGAUUUUGCAACUUCGACAAAAGGUGGCAAAUGAAGUCAAAUUACAAAAGGAUUUACUUCAAACCAUUGCUUCUCUUGAUAUGUUAUUUGCCCGAUCAACUAUUGGUUUACCUACUCCUUCCAUCGCUUAGUGUGAUUAUUUUGGUCAUUAUUAGUAUUAUUUAUUUAUUUCAUUCUUCAUACAAUAAAAAUCAUCUCUUUUAUUUUCAUCA